AUGGAGCCUCUCAGAGAUCAUGGCGCGAGCUGCUUGCCGAUGAUGAUCAUGGUGCUGCUGUGCCUGGGCGGCGCGGCUUGUGGCCAGCUGAGCGACGACUUCUACGACGACAGCUGCCCGAAGCUGGAGAGCAUCGUCCAGGCGCGCGUGGCCGCCGCGAUGAAGGCCGAGCUACGGAUGGGCGCCUCCCUGCUCCGGCUCCACUUCCACGACUGCUUCGUCAACGGGUGUGACGGGUCGAUCCUGCUGGACGGGGCGGAGAGCGAGAAGCUGGCGGCGCCGAACCUCAACUCGGUGAGGGGAUACGAGGUCAUCGACGCCAUCAAGGCCGACCUCGAGAAGGCCUGCCCGGGGCUCGUCUCCUGCGCCGACGUCGUCGCGCUCGCCGCCAAAUACGGCGUACUCCUCAGCGGAGGGCCUGACUACGAUGUUCUUCUGGGAAGAAGGGACGGGCUGGUGGCGAACCAGACCUUGGCCAACAACAACCUGCCAAGCCCGUUCGACAACAUCACCGUGAUCAUACAGAGGUUCAAGGACGUCGGCCUUAACACAACAGACGUGGUCAUCUUAUCAGGAGCCCACACGAUCGGGCGGUCGCGGUGCGUGCUCUUCAGCGGCCGGCUGGCCAACUUCUCGGCGGCCAACUCGGUGGACCCGACCAUGGACCCGGCGCUGGCGUCCAGCCUGCAGCAGCUGUGCCGGGGCGGCGACGGCAACCAGACGGCCGCGCUGGACGCCGGCUCCGCCGACGCCUUCGACAACCACUACUUCAAGAACCUGCUGGCCAAGAAGGGCCUCCUCUCCUCCGACCAGGGCCUCGUCUCCAGCCCCGACGGCGCCGCCGCCACCAGGGCCCUCGUGCAGGCCUACAGCUACAACAGCCAGCGCUUCCUCUGCGACUUCGGCGACGCCAUGGUCCGGAUGGGCAACAUCGCCCCCCUCACCGGCUCCGCCGGCCAGAUCCGCAAGAAAUGCAGCGCCGUCAACUGA